UCUAUUCAUAUUAUAAUUAUAUCAUAUUUAUAAAAGAUAAAUGAUAAAUUCUUUUUUUCUUUUGGGAUGAGAAUUAUGUGAUGUGGGUUUUGAAUUAUAGAUAUAAAGAUACAAUCUUGGAUUAGAAAUGAAGCAAAUUUCGGGUCAAGAAUUCGGAUCUUGAAGAAUUACAAAUUCUUUCUUGGGUUUAUUAUUAUUAUUAGCAAUUACAAACAAGACUUUUAAGAAGAUCAAGACAAGAUGGUGUGAAGCGUUGGUUUAAGUUUCUUGAUAUCGAGAUAUGGUAUUGCAAAAGCGGUUAGAAUAUGGAUUUUAUGGUUAUCAGGUGCCUCCAGUACCUCGAGCUCCCAGAUCAGCCAGGAAGAGGGUUUCUUCUGUGAAGAAAAAUGAGGUGCAAAAUCGAAUGUGUGCAUUUGACCUGCUAGCUACCGUUGCUGGCAAGCUAUUAUUGGAGGGUAAUGAUUCUGCUAAUAAGAUAAUUCUGGAAGAAACCAAAGUCGUUACUGAGUCUGCAGUCAAGAUUGAAGAUGACUCAUUAAAAGCACAUGUAUAUGAUCAAGAUAGUUGUAAUAAGAGCUUUUUUGUGUCUGAGAUCAUAAAAGGUCCGAUUACUGACACUUAUUCUGGACCUGCUUCUGGUAUAACGGUUUCUGAUUGUAAAGUACAGGAUAUAAAUAAUAAACUAAUAACAAACGGGACACCCAACAAUGGGAAACCGCCACUUGUGGAUAAAGUAGAUUGUAAUUUGAAUUUAGUUAUUAGAGAUGAUGAUGAAAACUCUUGUGGGUACACUCACAAGACCUUUAGGCCACCGCCUCGUAUUGGUGACCGAAGAAUUAGGAGGUUAUCGGCAUCCAAACACUGGAAAGCCAUCCCAAAUACCGAUGUGUAUCGUAACAAGAAAAGUUUCUAUAAUUAUCAAAGAUCAUUAAGGGAUUAUCCAUUCAAAAAGCGAAGAAUGUACCGGUUAGAUGAUCACAAUCUUUUCAAUUCCAAUGGUAAUUCUGGUUCUGUUGAAGAUGGUUCCAUUUUGGAUACAGCAAAUCAUGAUUCACAUGUGAAGCUGAAGAUCAAGUCUUUCAGGGUACCCGAGUUUUUCAUUGAAAUACCGGAAACGGCAACUGUUAGUUCUUUAAAGAGGACGGUUAUGGAGGCCGUGACUGCUAUAUUUAGUGGCGAGGUGCAUGUGGGCGUAAUGCUCCAGGGAAAGAGAAUUAGAGAUGAUAACAAAACUCUGCUACAAACGGGUAUAUGCCAUGAUAACCAACUGGAUGCCCUGGGUUUCACCUUGGAGCCUAAUGAAGAACAACUUCCACCUUUUAUAUGCCCUCAAGAUAGGUCCGUGGUAUCACCACCUGCUACACCUAAACCGUUAGCAAGGUAUCCUCCACCUCAGACUAUAGCAAAUCAAUUGGCAAUCCAACAAAAGGUUCCAGAUUCCUUGCCUGAUUUUCCGAUUACAACUUCUAGGAACAUAAUGGAAAGUGAUCAUGACAUGUCAGUAGAUUCAAGGGCAUUAGUUACGGUUCCAGCCAUGAACACUAAUGCCCUGACGGUGCUCCCAAUGAAGAAAUCAAAGCGAGUUGUGAUGGGACAACGCAGGAUUCGCCGCCCGUUUUCUGUCUCUGAAGUGGAAGCUCUAGUUGAAGCAGUGGAGAGACUUGGAACUGGAAGAUGGCGUGAUGUUAAGUUACGUGCUUUUGAUGAUGCAAAACACCGAACCUAUGUGGAUUUGAAGGACAAGUGGAAAACACUUGUGCACACGGCACGAAUAUCACCACAACAAAGAAGAGGUGAGCCGGUCCCUCAGGAACUCCUAGACAGGGUCUUAACCGCCCAUGGUUAUUGGUCACAUUACCAAGCCAAGAACCAGUUCAAGCAUCAACUGCAAACAGAAAUUUGUCGACUUUUCUAAAACAAACAGCAUAUGUACAGAGUUCAUAAAAGUAAGUACUUCCCAUUGUAACUAGCAAAACACCACAAUGUCAUGGGGUCAUUACUGAACAUUUUAGAUGCACAUAUGUAGCAGAUUGCUCUUUUCUUGAUUUAACAACCAAAAGGACAUGGGAUUUGAGCCGCAGAAACACUGGCUUGCGACAGAGUCUCAGCCUUUUCUUGAUUUAGUAGGAAGUGUCCGUAGUUGGGUUCUAAUUCUGUUUUUUGUUAUUACCAUGUAUAAAGUGACAAAGGAUGGACAAAGAACCUGGUGUAGAAUGUUGUGUAGAUUUACUUCUUUUUUAAUGGCUCAUGAUGGUACCUUGCCAGCAUAGAGACAUGGGUGCGACACUUGUAAAAAUGGGUUGUCGACGGAAUAAAGAUGAUUUAAGAUUUCAGAA